AUGCAAAAAAAAAUUGAGAAAAAAGAUUUGACAAAACAAAAUGGUAAUAACGAGUCGAACGAUUCAUUAUCAAGUGCAAUCAAAAUUAAUGCAUUGCCGUAUGGUUUCUUCGAAAUUCAAUUAAUUAAAUAUUUUCAUCAAUUUGGUGGUGUUAAACGUGUUAGAGUCGCAAGAAAUGCUAAGACCGGUAACCAUAAAGGUUGGGCUUUUGUACUGUUCAAAGAUCGAGAUGUUGCUAAAAUUGCUGCUGAAACUAUGAAUGGAUAUUUAAUGUUCAAUAAAAGGCUGCGUUGUUUGUUUUUAAUUUAUUUUUGGUCAUUUUAUUUCCUUUAUUUCCUUUUUUUCAUAAAUAUUUUUAAAAAAUUAAAAACAUUUGAGGUAUUUUUUAUCACUGCGCAUUAUUUCUUAUACAUUAUUUAUCUUCAUAGUUUUGUUGGUUAUUAUUAG